UAAUACAUUGUAUUAGAAAAGGAAGAACAAGUAAAAAAAUGAGUUUCAUGAAGUUUGAAAUUGAUAGAUUUAGUGGGCGCAACAACUUCAAUAUCUGGAAAAUCCAGAUGAUGGCGUUACUACGGAGGGAAGGUUCAAUCCAUGCUAUUGGCGAAAAAUAUCCCGAUAAAAUAUCGGAUUCCGACAAGGAGAAGAUUGAAGGAGAUGCAUUGAGUGUAAUCCAACUGUCCCUUGCACCUAACGUACUAUGUGAAGUGACUACAAGUACUGAAGAGAUGGCCAAAGAGUUAUGGGAAAAGCUGGAAGGGCUUUACCAGGACCACUCAGUGACAACAAAAAUGUUGUUACAAUGGCGUCUUCAUACAUUUAAGAUGGAUUCAGGUACUUCGUUGCAAGACCAUCUAGAUGUUGUUACAAUGGGUCCGAUUCAAGGCAUUCAACAGUAUGGUUUAAAGAAAUCCCCUAGACAGUGGUACAAGAGAUUUGAUGCAUUCAUGACUACAUAUGGAUUUUUGAGGAGUGCAUUUGAUAGUUGUGUGUAUCAUAAGAAGAUGUCUGGUAAUUCUAUGAUUUAUCUAUUGUAGUAUGUUGAUGAUAUGCUUAUUUAUUGCUGCUAACAAC